AUGCUCUAUAUAAGUAACUAAUUUCUCUUUAGUCGCCAUAUGUGAAAAAAGACUAGUAGUAAACUAAGGAGAUGGAUACUUAUGGUGUUAGUAGUACGCAUACCUAUGUGUAUAGGCAAUCGGCCACUCGGAUUACAAUUCUAGCUCAUUUAUUUGGCAUUACUGCCAUCAUUCUUUUGCUUGUUUGGCUUCUCCAUUUUCGCGAAGGCAUUCAUCUUGAUUCCGACAAUCCUUUUCGUAUUUUUAAUGUUCAUCCAUUUAUGAUGUUUUUUGGUUUCAUAUUUUUUGUUGGUGAAGCAAUGAUGGUUUACAAGACCGUACCAGCACCAAGAAACGUGCAAAAAAUAGUCCAUUUGUUGCUUCACUUGUUGGCAAUCGCUUUUGGAAUCAUCGGAUUGCAUGCAGUUUUCAAGUUCCAUAGCAAGGCCAAUUUCGCAAAUUUGCGAAGCUUGCAUUCUUGGAUCGGAAUUGGCACCUUCUCCUUGUUUAUUUUGCAGUGGUUAUUUGGGCUGGUCACGUUCAUGGUUCCGGGGUCAACUACGGGAACAAGGGCAAGGGCUGCUCCAUGGCACAUUUCCGGCGGUAGAGCACUUUUCUACAUGGCAAUCAUCGCAGCUGAAACUGGUUUGAUGGAGAAAGUGACCCUCUUGGAAUUACAAUAUUCCACAGAAACGAGAUUGAUUAAUUUCCUUGGACUUGCAAUUCUUCUUUUUGGCAUCACGGUUGAUCUUUCUGUCGCGCUUGCUCGAUAUGUAUGAAUUUUGGUGCACUACUUUCUUGAUGAGUCUAAGGAAAAGAGAAUAUAUCAAGGAUAUGGUUUUCAUGUAAAAAUGUACAGUCAUGGAUUGUCAUGUAUGAAUAGACUGUAAUGAAGCAAUUUUUUCUAAUAAAGUAUCGAUAGAGACAAUGACUAAAAUAACAUAGUGAGUAAAACAACAUAGUGACGGAGGUGAUUGUAUUUUUUCUAGUCGUUAGUUUGUUUGCAACAUUAAUAAUUACUGGAUUGUUACACGGUAUUAUAAGUUCAUUCUCUUUACUCAAAAAGUGAUAGAGCACAAGAUUGCAAG